UAUAAAUAAAUCCUCUUCGAAAAACGUUUAGUAUUCUCGGAGAAACCGAGCUUGUCUCGCAUCACAACACUGAACGCGAUAGACGUGAAUGCUCAGUCUAACAGAUCUCUCCACCUCGCCCCCACGCUACAAUACAGUUACACAUAAGAUCUCAUGAUGGCAGCGCUAACAGCCUCUUACCCGCACACAGCUCUACCCGAGUUUAGCCAGACAUUCGGCCACUACCAGAGUCACAUGCCGACAAUGAUAAACGACACUGAGGCAACGUUAGAGGAUCUUGCAGCAGCAAUCAGAGAGUCGAUGCAGCCUGGCGGCGGAUGCGUGGAGUCUGGACUGGGCUCCGGCUACGCCGAGAUGACCGAUUAUCAAAUGCACCCUACCUACACAAUUCUAGCGACAAGCGAGGAGCGAUACAUCAGUGAAUGGAUGACCGACCUUCCCGACAUGCCCCAAGUCUCAAUCGACGACGACGACGACAAUCAAAGUGUUGUUCUGGAGUUGGAGGACUUGUCGUUCCUGGACGAGAUUGUUGGCACAGACUGCAACAGUGACGGCGAAACUAGCAUCCACAGUAGCUUCAGCGACGGUGCCCCGAGCCCAACGUCCUUCGAACAAACAGAAUACAAGCCAUCUCUGCCUGCGUUUGACCAAUUUUGGACGAAACAGAAACCGGAACUGGCCAGUCUGGACGAAUCUGACGAGGAGGAUUACGUCAAACCAUACUGCAAGAGCCGACGAGGGGCCAAGAACGUGUUGCUGUGGAAGUUCAUCCUGCAAGUCUUGGAGAACCGACCGGACCUCGCCAAGUGGGUCAACAGAAGCGAGGGCACGUUCAAGUUCGUGGACACCACCGUGAUGAGUCGAAUGUGGGGGGAGAAGAAACGCAAGAGGGACAUGACAUUCGAGAAGCUCAGCCGCGGCAUUAGACACUACUACAAGUCAGGCCUGAUGUCCAGGAUCGAGGGCACACGCUUAGUUUACAAGUUCAACUGGCCCCAAGUCCCAAAGCCCUACAGGAAGAACUGAGUGUCUGUCAUGUCUGUGAACAAAGCACAGUAAUACCACACUGCCCUUAUCAAAUAGCAGAUGUUCCACGUCACAUUUAGGAACAAAAAUGAGCCGUAAUAGAUGACGUCAUGUUGACAUCAUUUUAUGAAACUGCGUCAUCAGAAGCUGUGACUUAUUGAGUAUAAGUGACGUAUUUACUACAAUCAGUGUGUUUCAUAUUUCUUGAUUACGCUAUGAAAAAUGUCAUUUGUUGGUUGACGUUAGCAAUUCAUGUGUGUUUUAAGAACAACGAUUUUUUAUGAUGUUGCAAAGAUUUUUAAAGUUGUCACCGGAACGAAAUGGCGAAAUCUUUUUAGAAAAGAGGGAUUGAAAAACAUCUUAAAUGAUCCCAAAAAUGAUCAUGAAAAUCUAAGAUCUCCAUAAAUCCGUCCAAGUCAUUUCAACAUAAACUCAUACAAUCUCAUUUAUUCUAAUAAGCUGUUGACAUUGUACAGUCGCAUUACAUGUAACCACCGAAUGCUAUUUAUCCCACAAAGAGGCCAACAGUUACGUGUAUUAUAGCGUCAAUGAUUUGUUUUGAUCAUAAACCCUAACAGGUAUAUAUAACACUGGGGUCGUGUGCAGAAUUGGGACGUAUUAGGUCACGCGUUACGUCAGCUCUGCCAGCCUUUUGGGUACCGAUCGAUGGCUUCCUUUAAAAGGAAACAUUACCGUUCGUGCUUUGAUGGGCGACCACCAAGUGUUCAUCGUCUCAUCUUUCUAAAGAUCUUCCAUUCUAUGUGAUAUCGUCUUUGUUUUGCUGUGUUCACCUGUAUUAGGGGUACUACCAAAUGUAACAUCCUCGUAAUUUCAAUGUUGAAUCAAUUAAAUUAAAUUAGUUUCCGAUAUGACUUUCUAAAGCUAGAUUUAAUGUAUCAAAGUUAUUUCAAAUACGAAUGUUUAUUCAAAUCAAUUCAGGUUGUCGCACACAGGAAUUAAAAUCCCCAUGAGCUACUUUGGUAUAUCAUCCUAAAAGUCUACAUCAAAAUGGUGUCAUAGUUUGGUUGAAUUUUACUCCCUUUGUAAUUGUUAGAUAUAAGUAACCGUAUGCGUUGGAGAUUUCGGUUUACCACUGUCGAAAAUGGAUAUUUUAAAUAAUUAAUAAAUAGAUAAAAUCGUUUCCAGUCAACUUUAUGAAGAACGUUAACAUUAUUAAUCUUGGCCUCGGCUUUGUAUUUUGUGCAAUGUGUGAGACAAUCAGUCACUAUUAGACUGAUAAAAAUCAUGAAAUUUUAGUUUGCAUACGAAGUAGGUUUUGAACUACUUGAAUCAAAUUUGCUAAAACUGCCAAUUUGCCGAACUCUGUGCGCCUUUAUGAGCCUUUAUACAGCGGCCUACCAUGUAGAAGUUUUGUGUUAAGCGCGCAUAUAAAAAUAUUUACCUUCGGUUUAUGUUUAAUUUAGGUAUUCAAUUUGAUAAACUAUUUGUGCCAAAUUUUCUGUUGUACAGUUAACUUAAUAUAUGCAAACAAAUGUCUUUUGACCAAAUUAAAACUUGACGUGGCCUACCUUCUUCGCAAAGAAAUAUGCAUUUUGUAAAAAAAAAAUUAUUGUUAUUAUUAUUGGAUAUUGCAUGUUGCGAUUAAAAAUCCCCUUUCUGUUGUCAAAUUUAGCUAAAAUGUUACAAGAAUCUUAAGGAAGUAAAAAAAUAAGUUUGCUAUUUUAAGUUGAUAAAUACUCGUUCUACACUUUUCGCCAUCAUAUUUACCUAGGGAAGUCCACCAUUGCCUGUGUUCAAUCUUUUGUAUUUAUUACCUCCUGUAUAUUCGAUACAUAUUUACAUUUUUAAUGUUUCUGUGCAUUAUGCAUCGUAUUAUGUUUUGUACAUAUUCACAUGUACACACUCAUAAUUUGUUUCUUGUGCCAAGAUCGCGUUAUUGAGCAGCAAGUGUCACGUGACCUGCCAUGAUGUCAUAUGACACCGUUAGCUGUAUAAAAGUCGUAUUUUAUCAUACAAGUCGACUUCCGAUAUCUCGAAUAGGGCAAACCAAAACUCCUAGUUAUCCGUUGAUGAGAUAUUCGAAUAGGACAUUAACUGUUACAGGUUAACUGUAUCAAAAUACGUCAACUACAAAUGUACUUUCAGUUCGCUCAAUCCAAGUUCGAUUUUAGCAUAAUUGUCAUUUGUAAUCGUUUACUUCGCUUAACCCGAAUUCGUCAUAUCCGGCGUGGACAAAUUCCUACAAUUUAAUAUAGACAUGCACCACUAUUGUGUUCAGAACGUGUAUGAUGUUGAAAAUAGGAAUAUGUUAAACAUUAUAUAUACAAUCAGAGAUAUUUAUCUUUCACACGCAGGGCGCGAGUCGUCCAGUUGUCGCAGGCGCCGCAGGCUGCUAUGCCGAGUUGCGUCCCCUAGGCGCUCCAGAAACUUAUGAUUGUAGGUUCAAAUCCCGGUUGCCGUGUAUUUCAUGAUAUUUUCAUGAACGUAUUGCCGUAUUAACGUCAGUUUGCUAAACCAGGUCACGUAUGCUUGUGUCCGACUCUCCAUUCGUGUUUUUUUUUAAAUUUUACAUUCUUUAAAUCUCCUAGACUUUAUUUCACUAACUGAUUUGUGUAAUAGAAUACAUUACAUUCCAUGUUAAUAUGAUUGUAUAUUUGUAUAUUAUUGAAUUGAACCGUUGAUUUAACUUUUCAUGCUUAAAAAUGUUUAACCAGAAUUCCAUUCGUAAAUGUCACCUGUCAAAGUAAAAUCAACUGAUCAUUCAUCUCUUGCUGGGCUGCUACGUGCAUAUUACAUGACACACAUUUCACCUCACUUCAAACCUGGAUUUAGAUUGAAUAAUUACCCCAGACACAAUAAAUGCCAAAUGGGAA